AUGGCCGCACCCCUAUUCCGCCACCGGCCCUCUGACCUCCGGACCGCCCGCGCCCUGUCUCCGCCGACGACCUCGUCGUUCGAGUUUGAGCUCGCGGCCAGCCACCCCAAGGUGUACCCGUUCCUGCCGCCCCUCGCCAGCGUAACUUGUCACUUAGGAAGUGGCAUGGGGAUUCGAGAGGCUCUCGAGCUGGACAGAGGGACUGUGCGCCAGGGGAACAGUAGCGUCACAGGAGACGCCCAAACGUCACCGCAAGGCCAGUACUGCGAUCCCCGCCUCCAGGGGUUGCGCCUGGGAUGCUGGACCCGCGUCAAGGUUGACGAGGCCGGCGACCUGGCAGCGGGAGCGCUGUCGCAUUUUCUAAGCGUGCAUUUCCCCAUCUUUGCCUGUUUUGACGCAGACUUGUUCCUGCGAGACCUGCUUGGCACCAAAGGAACUGACGGACAACACUGCUCGUCUUUUCUGAUCACCAGCGUGAUGAACCUCGCUUGUCAAUCCUACACGACGUUCGACGUCCGUGCCGCCGUGCUCUCGCUUGCGUUUGGGCAAGAGGCAGAAACGCUGUGGAAGACGGGUGGGCACGAGGACAAGCCGGUCAACAUGGCCGCCAUGUGCUACUUGGCCAUGGCAAGCGGCCUGAGCGGCCACGAAGAUCUGUCAUUCAACCUGCUGCUUGACAAUAGGGCCAUGGCUCAGCGGUGCAGCUUCUUCGGACGCCAACCGACGGAUGAGGCCGCUGAGCAAUUAGGUGCCCUAUCCGGCGAGCAGCUGAGACUCACGGCGGCAGCGGCUUGGGGAGGCUAUGGCUGGCUCACCUACCACGCCAUGCACUACCCGGAGGAUCCCAUCCAAUACGCUCCGACCCUGCCGAUGCCCGGCACCAUACCAGAUCUGCCGCUCCCAACGUACGUCGGAGAAACCUUCACGAGCCUGUGCAAGCUGUGGCCUCUGGUUCAGGAAAUCCAGGGCUUGUCCAGCUUCAAGAACCCGCCGUCAUUAUCCGGGCCCAGUCUGCCGCUUGGGUAUGCCGAGUCUCAGUACCAGAGGCUGCUCGCCUGGGCAGACCAGCUGCCCGCCGAGUUGUGCCGAAACCAGCAUUGCAGCUCGCAUGUAUACUUUUUCUUCGCUCUCUACCACCACACCACGAUAAAGCUCUUCCAGCCCUUCCUUGACGCAUCGCCGUCCACGACAACGACAACGACGAUGCAAAAUCAUCCGUCCAUUGCCCGCCUGCGGAGCUUCUCUGCGCGCGACAGCUGCCCGCUGGCCAUCUACGCCGCGUCGCUCGCCCAGCUCAAGCGUCUCGUCGUGCUGUACUGGCUCCGCAGCCGUCGCGACUCGGACACCGGCUGGUUCACCGCGGCGGUGCUGCAGGUCACCAACGCGGUGCUGCGGAGUAGCUGGUACUACUAUUUGCAUUCACAGAGGAAACAGCAGCAGCAGCCGCAGAAUCCUCGUCAGAACGACCACAUCUCGACGAGCCUGAGCAGCGGCAGCAUGGGCACCAGCGGCCUGGCCAAUAUCAGCACCACCACCGCCGCGGUGUCCUCGUCCUCGUCCUCGUCCUCCUCCGCCUCUUCCGCCAAGCACAACAACAGCAACAACAACAGCGGCGUCAACGACAAAGACGAAGAUGAGAACACGCUCUACCUCAACCUGUGCUUCUCCUUCUGGAAGGAAGCCUACGUCCGGUACCGCGUGUACCUCCAGGUCGCGCAGGCCAACGUGUUCCUCUCGCUGCGGCUGGGGCUGGUCGACCGGCCCCAGGCCGCGCGCCUGAUGCGCGAGCUGCGCUCGGUCGGGCCCCACCACGACCGCCCCGAGACGGCGAGCAACAGCGCAGUGGUCGACUACGAGUCCGCCGCGAGGGGGGAGGUCGGUAAGGGGAGCAUCGAGUACUUGGCCGGGGAGUUCAGGAAGGUGUUCGUGGAGGAGUGACUACGUAUCCUUAUACUGGGAAGAGGGUUCAUCGGCAUACAUGCACAGUUCUGCGGGUUGCUGGCUUCUUGCCCCAGAGAGUUUCGUAUAUGGCGGGGUUCACUUUGGCCCUCGCGGCGUCUUUGUGCAUGAUUGGCGCUCGGUGCUCUCGGCCUGCUGUUUUCGGAUCUUUAGAGCUCUGGCAGAGAGGCGUCGCAGCAUUGGACCAAUCAAAUACGCCACUCGUCUGCUGUAUGGUAGGAGAGCAAUGGUGCUGAUAGAAAAAAGUGAGC